UCUGCAUGACAUCCAUCCAUCUGACAAAAAUGUGGCAAAGUAAAUUGUAAAAAUGGGUGAUAAAAAACCACUGGACGCUGAAGAUGGGGAGGAUGACCGACUGGAAUUUAUUUUAACAUAUUUGACAAAGUCUUACAGACUAAAACAGGAAAAAUGGAACAAGAUGAUUUCCCAGGAGGAAAACAAGAAAAUGAUAAUGAACUUCUUAAACAACCCGGAAGAGCGGAUGCUUCUUUUAACCAUCCCACUUACUGGCCAACUAACCCCAUUAACGAGUUUCACUCCACAAGUCAAACAAAAAUUUACCUAUUUUAUCAGAAAAAAGAAAGAAGUAGUCACUAUGGAAAACUUUCGUGACAUUUUAUGUUUCGGCGACAUGGCAGGUAGACCAAUAGAAGAGAUGGGAAUUCUAUUGGACGGAGUUUUUGUACCAGUCUUGUCCAACGUCGAGAAUCAAAAAGGAUGGCCGAAAGUUGUGGCCAAUGAUGUCGUUAGCCAUGUCAGAAGUUUUAAAAAUACCGUGGAACAGGUAACGGGAGCAAUGAAAAGCAUAACCAUCUUACCGAUUCCUUCAGAAAUGAGAAAUGUAUUCGAAGCAGUUCUUGGGUUGCAUGAAACCAACGGUGAAGAAGUGGAUUUUGUCCUAAAAAAUGCAUUGGAAAAUGCAGUAAUGAAGUGGUCAACAGUAUGUAAUGAAGUUUUAAAUCAAUCAUCAUCUAUAGUCUUUGCUGAUGGCGCUAAUCCCACUCCCACUAACGAAAUUAACUUUUGGAAUUCCAGAAAAAAGAAUCUACAGUCAAUUUAUGACCAGCUGACUGACUUAAGGGUACAAAAAGCUGGGGAAUUUUUAGAACUAACAAACAGUUCUUGUUUAACCAUGUUUAAAACGCUCUAUAAAAAUAUCGUAGCGGCUCUUGUUGAAGCAAGAGAUAUAAGCAUGUAUCUUAAGUGUCUUCAACCACAUAUCGGAAAUUUUGAAGAAGAUUUCUUUGAGAUAGCUGGUCAUAUAAAUUCACUAUUACAUUGCGUUGGAUUAAUCUGGGCAAAUUCAAGAUACUAUUCUACAAAUGACAGAAUAAUUAACUUGCUUAAAAUGAUUUCCAAUAUGAUAAUUGCGUCAGCUGAGGUAGCUUUGGACCCCGAUAAUAUAUUUCAAGGCGAUACUGAAGAUAUAUAUAGAAAAAUAGUGACUAGUAUCGAGCUUAUUAAACAGUUUAUGGAUUCUUUUGAGUACGUUAGAGAAAAUUUGGAUUCGUAUUACGAUACCAUACCAGACUCGCUUCGUACUGAAGAACCGAUUGUUAGAAAAAGUUGGAACUUUCAUAGAAGGGUGGUAUUCCAACGGCUUCUCGACUUUACGGAACGUUUAAAAAUAUUAAAGGACAUUUUGGGGACUCAAUUAGAGUUCAGUAAGCUUGAAAAAGUUGAAAUAGGUGGCAUUAAAGGCAGAUUAUUAAGUCAAAAAGUCGAAGAAGUAUUUGACGACUUUAAUAAGUUGUAUAAUUUAUUCAAUAAUAUAACCUAUGAAGUAUUAGAUCUAAAAGAUGACGGUAUUUUAGGUGAUGCUCAUAAUUUUCAAAGCAGUUGUGCUGAUCUAGACAGACGUUUGGCAGCUAUAUUUUCUCAAGCCUUUGAUGAUUGCUAUAACCUGGAAGCGGUAUUUAAAUUUAUCAACGUAGCUGGAGUACUGCUACAAAGACCGUUAAUAGGAGAAGAAUUAACCGCUAAAUUUCCAGUUAUUAUCGAUAUGUUCCAUAAAGAACUUGAUACAGUAAAACAACUAUAUGAUGAUGGUAAGGAAAACGGAGUACCACUGGAAAAAUAUUAUCCUCCUGUAGCGGGUACCUUACUAUGGAUUAACAAGCUUAGACAAAGGAUCUCAAUUCCAGCUAGUCAAUUUCGAUUAGUAGAGGACAAAAUAGUGCAGUCUGAGCAAGCAGCAUUCGUUUUUCAGAAGUUGAACGAAAUGUUGGAUAUUUUGGAUAGAGACCAAAGAAACGUGUUUAGUGCUUGGUGCAGCGUCGUCCCUGAUCAGAUUAAAACUAGCAUGUCCAAAUUCCAGUUGGUAAAGGAUAUUAAUCUUCAUCUAGAGCUAAACUUUGAUCCAGAGCUGGAGGCGAUUUUACGAGAAGUGCGAUACAUGAAGUUACAGGAUAUUCCUGACAUUCCUCAGGAGGCAAUAGAGAUAUUUGAUUUGACUAAAAUACUUCUGGAUACUAUAGCCAUGCUUAGGCGCAUUGUGGAAUGGUAUAAUUAUUUAAAAGUAAAUACCACUGAGAAUGAGUUUAAUUUAAUUGAAGAAGAACUAUCAGAAUUAGACAACAGUCUGAUGGUUUUGAUCGAGGAAAAUACAUGGUACACUAAUGAUCCAGGUAUUGUCAGACAAGUGUAUGAGUCUACUAAGCAGCUUACAGAUCGUGUGAAAAAAGCACAAUUGAACAUAACUAAUCUUAUGGCUGCCAUUACAGAAUGGUCCACCAAGCCUCUAUACGAACGUAAAGACGGCAAGAAAGAAAAUUUGCUGUGCAUCGACGAAAGAGCAGAGCGUUGUCAAAAACGUUACGACCAAAUAACUCAAUGCAGCUUACAGCUAGAACAGGCUCUAAGAGAAAAUUACUUUUUACUCUGUAAUUUGGAACCAGAGGAGAUUUUGGCGGAAGAUGAAGAAGAAGAGUCCCUAGCACCGGAAGAACCUGUUGUUCAGCCUGAGAAAAAAGGCAAAAAAGAAGUAACACCCAAACCAAAAGCCAAAGCAAAACCACCACCACCCCCUAAAAAGACAGAUUCAGAAAUUGCAAGAGAACAAGAAGAAGCAAAUAGAAUUGAGGCACUUAAAGAGUUACGGUUUAAGAAACAGAUGUUAUGGGAGCCUUAUUUGAAAGAUAUCGAUAAUAUGAUAAAGAAUAAACUCUUGUCAGCUAUUAACUUAAAUCUAUUACUCUUUCUACUAGAAACCGGGGAUUCACCUACAGCUACGACACCAUUUUUAGAAUUAUUGAUGGAACUCCGCGACCAAAUUAUUGUUUAUGUUCCUUCUGCACAUAUAACCGAUCCGAAAAAUUUUCUGAGUAACAUGGAGUCAAUCAUUGAAGACAUAUUUGGAAUGGGAAAUUAUCUGAUAAGAGUAGAUCCCGAUGAUACCGAAAGUUUCUAUGAGAUAGCAAGGGACAACGAAGAUCUUGAAUUUAAAAAUGUAGAUUUUUGCGGCAGGAUAGUGCUUGGAAUGGAAGCAGCCAUAGAUUACCUAAAGACUUUUAACCAAUACACGCAUUUGUGGGAAAUAGAUAGAAAUCAGUACUUGCGGGAGUUUCUUCUCUAUGCUAGACCGUUGACAAUUGAAGAACAAGAACAAAUGAAUGAUGAAAAUAAUCCCCAUGCGAUUAAAGAGACUCCUCCUACGAUUGAUCAAUUUAAAGAAGAAAUUGAGCGUUAUGAGCAGUUGUAUAAAAAAGUUGAACAAUUGCCUAGUGAACACAUAUUAAUGGAAGGUUGGUUACGAUUGGAUAUAAAACCUCUACGUCAAGCGAUUUUAAACACGAUUUGUAAGUGGGGAAUGCUGUUUAAGAAUCAUUUGUAUAACAAAGUUAUAAACAGUUUAAAUGAAUUGGAAACAUUUAUAGUAGAAGCCAUCGCAGCUAUGCAGGUUACCUUAACUGAAGACGACUAUGACGGUUUAAUAAAUGUAAUGCAGUAUCUGUUUAAAGUAAAAGACAGACAACCAGAAACUGACGCAAUGUUCGAACCAUUAAAAGAAAUAAUGGAUCUUCUAAAACAGUAUGGAUUCGAAUUCCCAGAGGAAAUCCAUGUUCAGUUACAGGAGAUUCCAGAUAGAUGGAAUCAGUGCAAAAAGGUUGCCGCAGUGACCAAACAAAAUGUUGCCCCACUUCAAACCCUACAAGUAGUAUCUAUCAAACGAAGAGUCAACCUGUUUGAGAUCAGACAGUCGAUGUUUCGAGAACAUUUCAAAAAGUUAUCCUUUUAUAAAUGGAAUUGUAAAAAUGUUUACGACUUGUUGGAUAAGAUGAAUAAACAACUGAGUGGUCUGGAAAACGAGAGAGAUACGCUGCAGGAUCAGGCGAACUUAUUUGAGCUGCCGUUCCAAGAAUUCAAACCUCUUAAACAUGCAAGGAAGGAAAUUCGACAAAUCAAACAAAUGUGGGACUACGUGAAUGUGGUCAUGUCUUGCAUCGAGGAGUGGAAGGAUACGGCGUGGAAAAAAAUUGAUGUUGAAGGUAUGGAAAUGGAAUGCAAAAAAUUCAGUAAGGAAAUUCGACAGAUGGAUAAGGAGGUCAAAGGUUGGGACGUAUAUAUUCAGCUGGAAGCGACUAUCAAAAAUAUGUUAACCUCUCUGAGGGCCGUCACGGAAUUGCAAAAUCCGGCUAUUAGGGAACGACAUUGGAUCCAGUUGAUGCAAGCUACAAAGGUAAGAUUCGUCAUGACAGAUGAGACUACACUAAGAGAUUUACUUGCUUUAAAUCUUCACGAAUAUGAAGAAGACGUAAAAACUAUAGUAGACAAGUCUGUUAAAGAAAUGGCUAUGGAGAAAGUUUUGAAAGAACUCAACGCCACUUGGAACGUGAUGGAGUUUGAGUUUGAUACGCACGAAAGAACCAAACUGCGCAUACUCAGAAUAGGGGAAGAAAUCGUAGAAACAUUGGAGGAAAAUCAGGUUGCUCUCCAAAAUAUGAUGACUUCUAAGUUUAUAGACUUUUUUUUGGACGAAGUGUCGGAGUGGCAGAAGAAGUUGUCGAAUGCUGACCAAGUUAUAAAUGUCUAUUUUGAGGUUCAAAGAAAAUGGAUGUAUUUGGAAAGUAUUUUCAUUGGUUCCGAAGAUAUACGGAACCAAUUACCAGAAGAUUCCCGCCGAUUCGAUAAGAUCGAUAGAGAGUUUAAGGAAGUAUUGAAAGAUCUGUCGUCAACUGCAAACAUAGUGAAAUCAACGAAUAAAGCUGGUCUUAUUGAAAGAUUAGAAGCCAUCUUGGCAGAUUUGACACUAUGUGAGAAGGCAUUAAAUGAUUAUUUGGAGACAAAACGCUUAGCAUUUCCAAGGUUUUAUUUUGUCUCGUCGGCUGAUUUACUUGAUAUUUUGUCCAAUGGUAAUCAACCAGAACUAAUUCAACGUCAUCUGACUAAGUUGUUUGAUUCGAUAGGAAGGUUAAUUUUUGAGCAAGUAGGUUCAAAACGUGCAAAAGCAAUGAAGUCUAAAGAAAACGAGGAGAUUGUACCCUUUGUAACCAUGUGCGAUUGCACGGGAAAGGUGGAAAUAUGGUUAAACAGAGUGAUAGAUGUUAUGCGAGCAACACUUCACCAACAGUUUAGUGAGUGCGUAAUAACUUACGAUGAGAAACCACGAGAAUUAUGGAUUAAUGAUUAUCCUGCACAGCCAGCUCUUUGCGGUACUCAGAUUUGGUGGACAACCGAAGUAAACUUAGCCUUUGCCAGAUUAGAAGAAGGCUACGAAAGUGCUUUAAAAGACUAUCAAAGAAAACAGAUCAACCAGCUGAAUGCUUUAAUUACUCUUCUACUGGGAGAUUUAACACCAGGUGAACGACAGAAAAUUAUGACUAUAUGUACGAUAGAUGUGCAUUCUAGAGAUGUCGUGGCGAAAAUGAUUGUGAUGAAAGUCGAGAACGCACAAGCAUUUCAGUGGCAAAGCCAACUGAGACAUAAAUGGGAUGAGCCAAGAAAGGACUGUUUUGCCAAUAUUUGUGACGCUGAGUUUAGAUAUUCUUAUGAAUAUUUGGGAAAUACGCCAAGAUUAGUGAUAACACCUUUAACUGACAGAUGCUACAUAACACUAACUCAAAGUCUCCACUUGAUCAUGGGUGGAGCACCCGCAGGACCUGCUGGUACGGGAAAAACGGAAACAACGAAGGAUCUCGGAAAAGCUCUCGGCAUGAUGGUCUAUGUAUUUAACUGUUCCGAACAGAUGGACUAUAAAUCAAUCGGCAACAUUUACAAAGGUUUAUCUCAGACAGGAUGCUGGGGAUGUUUCGACGAAUUUAACAGAAUAUCUAUUGAGGUAUUAUCCGUCGUUGCAGUGCAAGUGAAAAUAAUACAGGAUGCCAUUAAAGACAAAAAGAAAACGUUUUUCUUCUUGGGAGCAGAAAUAGUGUUGGUUCCAACGAUUGGCUUAUUUAUAACAAUGAAUCCCGGUUAUGCAGGCAGAACCGAACUCCCAGAAAAUCUUAAAGCUCUUUUUAGACCUUGCGCUAUGGUUGUACCCGAUUUUGCUCUAAUUUGCGAAAUUAUGUUAGUUGCUGAAGGCUUUAUGGAAGCUAGACUCUUAGCCAGAAAGUUUAUAACUCUUUAUACUUUAUGUAAAGAGUUACUGAGCAAACAGGAUCACUACGAUUGGGGACUGAGGGCAAUCAAGUCGGUGUUAGUAGUAGCCGGAUCACUUAAGAGAGGAGAUCGUCAGAGACCAGAGGAUCAAGUCUUGAUGCGAGCGCUGAGAGACUUUAACAUACCAAAAAUUAUAACUGAUGAUGUUCCGGUAUUUAUGGGCUUAAUCGGUGAUCUGUUUCCUGCAUUGGAUGUCCCAAGGAAGCGAGACUUGGACUUCGAAAAAAUGGUUAAAAAAAGUGCAUUGGAUCUUAAGCUUCAACCUGAAGAAGGCUUUAUUUUAAAAAUUGUACAACUCGAAGAACUUUUUGCUGUACGACAUUCGGUUUUUAUCAUAGGAUUUGCAGGUACUGGAAAAUCCAUGGUGUGGAAAACGUUAAAUAGGACGUACUAUAACUUAAAGAUGAAACCCGUUUAUAAUGACUUAAAUCCCAAAGCAGUUACUAAUGAUGAAUUGUUUGGAAUAAUAAAUCCUGCAACCAGAGAAUGGAAAGACGGAUUAUUUUCUGUAAUAAUGAGAGACCAAGCAAACUUAACUGGAGACGGUCCAAAGUGGAUUGUCUUGGAUGGUGAUAUUGAUCCGAUGUGGAUAGAAUCGCUUAACACUCUUAUGGACGAUAAUAAAGUACUGACACUAGCGAGUAAUGAACGAAUCGCUUUAACAAAAGCGAUGCGACUUCUUUUCGAAAUAGCAAAUCUACGAACAGCUACACCUGCCACUGUAUCAAGAGCAGGAAUUCUCUAUAUCAAUCCAGCAGAUUUAGGUUGGAAUCCCUUUAUAGCAUCUUGGAUAGAUACUAGAGAAAUCCAGUCAGAAAAGGCGAACCUAAUGAUUUUAUUUGAUAAAUAUGUACCUCCUUGUUUGGAACACACUAAAACAAAAUUAAAGAAAAUUACUCCUAUAUCAGACAUAGCACAUCUUCAGAUGUUGUGCCUGUUAUUAGAUUGUUUCUUAACGCCUGAGAAUGUUCCACCGGACUGCCCCAAGGAUUGGUAUGAAAUAUACUUCGCUUUCUCAGUUGUUUGGGCUUUCGGAUCCUGUCUAUUCCAAGAUCAAAUUAUAGACUGGCGUAACGAGUUCAGUAAAUGGUUUACAAAUGAAUUCAAGACAGUUAAAUUUCCAGUCGGGUCAAAUAUAAAUGUUUUUAGCUUUUAUAUUGACGACGAGACAAAGAAAUUUUGUCCGUGGACAGAUUUGGUUUCACCUUUUGAACUAGAUCAUGACAUACCUUUGCAGGCAACUUUAGUGAACACUGCAGAAACUACUAGGAUUAGGUUCUUUGUUGAUCAUUUAAUGAGUAAAAGAGCUCCAGUGAUGCUAGUAGGACCAGCUGGUAGUGGUAAGACUGUAAUAAUUCAAGAGAAAUUAAAUACACUGUCUGAAGCAUACGCCGUUACUAAUGUGCCGUUUAACUUUUACACUACGUCUGAAAUGCUUCAGAGAAUUUUAGAGAAACCUUUAGAAAAGAAAGCUGGAAGAGUCUAUGGUCCACCGGGAAGCAAAAUUAUGAUUUAUUUUGUUGAUGACAUGAAUAUGCCAGAAGUGGAUAAAUAUUUUACCGUUCAACCUCAUACACUUCUUAAGCAAUACAUGGAUUACCAACAUUGGUACGACAGGCAAAAACUUUCACUCAAAGAUAUCCACAACGUACAGUUUAUAUCUUGCAUGAAUCCUACUGCAGGUUCUUUCACAAUAGAUCCAAGAUUACAGCGUCAUUUUUGUGUAUUUUCAUUAGGUUUUCCAGGGCAAGAUGCUUGCUUUCAUAUUUACAACUCAAUGUUUAGCCAACAUUUGGAAGAUCCGACCAAGAAAUUUGCACCUCUACAUAUGAGACUCUGUGAAGGUAUAGUUUCUGCUGCAUUAGCUUUGCAUUACAAGAUGGCAUCCAAUUUCUUGCCAACAGCUAUUAAGUUUCACUAUACCUUCACUCUAAGAGAUUUGUCUAAUAUUUUCCAAGGGAUGUUAUUUGCAACUGGAGAUGCUAUUAAAAAUCAAAACGAUUUAAUAAGACUAUGGAUUCAUGAAGCAAGUCGAGUCUAUAAAGAUAAGUUGGUUGACCGUACAGAUCAAAAGAAUUUUGAUAAGAUCUUGGUUGAGACAGUCAAGAAAAGUUUUGAAGAGUUAGAUGAAGCUGCAGUGUUUGAAACUCCGUUAAUAUUUUCUCACUUUUCUGAAGGAAUUGGAGAUCCUAAAUAUUUCCCAAUUGUCGAUUUUAAACAUCUUACUCGCUUAUUAACAGACGCUUUAGGCGGUUAUAAUGACCUAGUAGGUUCAAUGAAUUUGGUACUCUUUGAAGAUGCUAUGUAUCAUAUUUGCCGCAUUAAUAGAAUUAUGGAAGCUCCUAGAGGAAAUGCGUUACUAGUUGGUGUUGGAGGUUCUGGAAAACAGUCUCUAACUAGAUUAUCUGCAUUUAUUUCGUCAUUCGAAGUUUUUCAAAUACAGCUAAAAAAAGGAUAUUCCAUGACUGAUAUGAAAACCGAUAUAGCUAGCUUAUACUUAAAAAUUGGUCUAAAAAGUAUCGGAAUUACAUUUCUAAUGACAGACGCACAAGUUCCAGAAGAAUCCUUUUUGGUAUUAGUGAAUGAUAUGCUAGCGUCUGGAGAAAUUAGUGAUCUUCUGCCAGAAGAAGAUGUUGAAAAUGUAAUAAAUGCAAUGAGGGGCGAAGUAAAAGGUAUCGGACUUCAAGAUACCAGAGAAAACUGUUGGAAAUUUUUUAUUGAUCGUGUUAGAAGAUUGCUAAAAAUCGUUUUAUGUUUCUCGCCUGUGGGAUCUACUUUAAGAGUCAGAGCAAGGAAAUUUCCAGCAUUGGUCAACUGUACUUCGAUAGAUUGGUUCCAUGAAUGGCCAAAAGAGGCGUUAGAAUCAGUAUCAGAAAGGUUUCUAGCAGAAAUUGAAGUAUUGCCGACGCAACUCGUCACAUCAGUAUCACUCUUUAUGUCGUAUGUACACACCAUAGUUAACGAGCUGUCACACGUUUAUUUAACUAAUGAAAAAAGAUACAAUUAUACUACGCCUAAAUCAUUCCUAGAGCAAAUUGAUCUUUAUAGUAAACUUUUGUCAGAGAAGACGGAAUCUGUAAAGAACAAUAUUGUAAGAUUAGAAAAUGGAAUAACUAAACUGGCUUCCACUUCACUCGAAGUAGAUGCUUUAAAAGAAGUUUUAGCGGUACAAGAAGUAGAACUUGCCGCCAAAAACGAAGCAGCUUCAAAACUAAUUACAGUUUUAUCAGCCGAAAAUGAAAAGGUAGCAGCUGAACAAGAGAUAGCUACUGAAGAGGAAGCAAAGGUAAGAGUAAUCGAAGAAGACGUAUCUGUUAAAGCUAAAAUUUGCCAAGAAGAUUUAGCUAAAGCUGAACCAGCUUUAUUAGCUGCACAGGAAGCUUUAAAUACACUCAACAAAAACAAUUUAACAGAAUUAAAAUCCUUUGGUUCACCACCAGAGAUUGUAGUUGAGGUUUGCGCAGCAGUAUUAGUUCUAUUUUCAAAAAAAGGAAAAAUCCCUAGAGAUAGAAGCUGGAAAGACUGUAAGCAAAUGAUGAAUAGAGUAGACGUAUUUCUAAAUGACUUAGUGAACUAUGAUAAAGAUAAUAUGUCGCCAGAGGUUGUAAAGGCUACGUUGGAAUAUGUCAAGAAUCCUGAAUUUACCCCUGAAAAGGUUGUUACAAAGUCAUUAGCAGCAGCUGGUUUAUGUUCUUGGGUUAUUAACAUUUUAAAGUAUUAUGAUGUUUUUGUGGUGGUUGAGCCAAAACGAAAAGCAUUAGCUGCAGCUAAUAAGGAGCUGAAUGAGGCAAGACAACGACUAGCAGACUUAACCGACAAAUUAAAUGUCUUGGAACGACAAUUGGCUGUACUUAGGGCUGAUUACGAUGCAGCCAUUAACGAAAAGUUAAAAUGUCAAGCUGAAGCAGAUGCGACUGCCAACAAAAUUGAUAUUGCCAAUCGACUAGUUGGUGGAUUAGCCUCAGAAAAUGUAAGGUGGCGUCAGCUAAUUGGGGAAUAUAAGGAUUCUAUAAUAACAUUACCUGGAGAUAUAUUAUUAGUAUGUGCCUUUAUUUCUUAUGUUGGUUGCUUCACCAGAAAGUAUCGGAGUGAUAUGCUACACAAGUAUUGGAGCCCUUUUCUUACUAAACUUGACGUACCAAUUCCAAUGACAGAAAACCUAGAUCCUCUUGUGUUGUUGACGGAUGAUGCUAAGAUUGCUCAAUGGAACAACGAGGGACUGCCCACAGAUCGUAUGUCUACAGAAAAUGCUUGCAUUUUGACGAAUUCUGCCCGUUGGCCUUUGAUGAUAGAUCCCCAACUCCAAGGCAUUAAGUGGAUAAAAACCAAAUACGGCGAAGACCUAACAGUAACUAGAGCUACUCAAAGGAACUACAUUGAUUUAAUAGAAAAGUGUAUUACUGAUGGAAAGGUAAUACUUUUGGAAAACAUCGGAGAAACACUAGAUGCAGUACUGGACAAUGUCCUUGGUAGAGUAUUGAUUAAAAAAGGAACAUGCGUUAAAGUAGGGGAUAAAGAAGUUGAUUUUGAUCCCAACUUCAAAUUAAUUUUACACACGAAGUUAGCUAAUCCUCAUUAUAAACCAGAAAUUCAAGCACAGACUACUCUGAUUAACUUCACGGUAACUAGAGAUGGUUUGGAGGAACAACUAUUGGCAGAAGUAGUCAAAGCUGAGCGACCAGAUCUGGACGCUUUAAAAUCCAGUUUAACAAAACAACAAAAUGAUUUUAAAAUAACUCUUAAAACUUGCGAAGAUAAUUUGCUCUAUCGUCUGUCAUCUGCGACAGGUAAUAUAUUGGACGAUAUAGAGUUGGUACUAAAUUUGGAGACUACGAAGAAGACAGCAAAUGAAAUCGGGAUAAAAAUGGAAGAAGCGAAAGUGACGUCUGUUAAAAUUGAUGAAGCAAGAGAGCAAUAUAGACCUUGUGCUGCUAGAGCAUCUCUUUUGUACUUCAUUCUAAACGAUUUAAACAGAAUCAAUGCCAUUUAUCAAUUUUCGUUAAAAGCAUUUAGUGUAGUAUUUAAAGAUGGUUUAAGUAAAGCUCUUUCGGCAGAAAAACUCAAAGAAAGAGUUCUUAGUUUACUGGACAGUAUAACGUUUGCCGUGUUUAUGUACACCUCCAGAGGCUUGUUUGAAAGGGAUAAGUUAACAUUUACAGCCCAAAUGACAUUCCAAAUACUCCUGCAACUGGAAGAAAUUGAAGCAUCCGAAUUAGAUUUCUUAUUGCGUUGUCCUUCAAUACCAAAUCUUACAUCUCCUGUAGAUUUUUUAAAUAACACCAAUUGGGGAUCCAUAAAAGCAUUAUCCGCCGUGGAUGAAUUUAAAAAUCUUGAUAAAGAUUUAGAAGGGUCGGCCAAACGUUGGAAGAAGUUUGUAGAUAGCGAAUGUCCAGAAAAAGAAAAAUUCCCCGGAGAAUGGAAGAAUAAGAGUACCUUACAGAGACUUUGUAUAAUGCGUUGUUUACGACCUGAUAGAAUGACAUACGCCAUUAGUGCCUUCAUUGAUGAAAAACUGGGAAAUAAAUAUAUAACUUCGAGAAGUGUUGAGUUUGAAAAAUCCUAUGAAGAAACAAGUUCCCAAAAUCCUACGUUCUUUAUACUAUCUCCUGGUGUAAAUCCACUUAAAGACGUCGAAAAGUUAGGAAGAAAGUUAGGAUUUAUGUUUGACAAGGGGAACUUUCACAGUGUAUCUCUAGGCCAAGGGCAAGAGAUAGUGGCUGAAAAUGCAAUGGAUGUAGCUGCCGCCGAAGGACACUGGGUUAUAUUACAAAAUAUUCACUUGGUUGUUAAAUGGUUAGCUACGUUAGAAAAGAAAAUGGAACAGUGUGCUGAUACUGGACAUCAAAACUACAGGUUAUACCUCAGUGCAGAACCAUCAGCUGAUCCUCAAGAAUGUGUCAUACCACAAGGAAUUUUAGAAUCUUCCAUUAAGAUUACCAACGAACCACCCACUGGAAUGUUCGCCAAUUUACACAAAGCUCUGGACAACUUCAAUCAAGAAACCUUAGAAAUGUGCAGCAAAGAAGCAGAGUUUAAGGCAAUAUUAUUUUCACUGUGCUACUUUCACGCAGUCGUUGCUGAGAGAAGAAAAUUUGGUCCUCAGGGAUGGAACAGAAACUAUCCCUUUAAUGUUGGAGAUUUGACUAUUAGUGUCAGUGUGUUAUACAAUUAUUUGGAAAAUAAUAACAGGGUUCCCUGGGAAGAUCUAAGAUAUCUCUUCGGCGAAAUAAUGUAUGGUGGACACAUCACUGAUGAUUGGGACAGAAGACUUUGCAGAAGCUAUUUACUUAACUACAUGCAGGCAGAACUUCUUGAUGGCGAUUUGUUGUAUGCCGAGGGCUUCCAAUGCCCUCCCAAUACCGACUACGUGGGAUAUCACAAGUACAUAGACUCUAGAUUACCACCUGAAAGUCCCUAUCUGUAUGGUUUACAUCCAAAUGCGGAGAUCGGAUUCUUGGCUAGCACUUCGGAUAAUAUGUUCCGAACAAUUUUUGAAAUGCAGCCUAGAGAUGCAGGUGCUGCGGCCGGUGCGGGGAUAUCGAGAGAAGAAAAGGUAAGAGGUACGCUCGAGGAAAUCCUUGACAAGUUACCAGAAGCUUUCCCGGUAGCGGACAUGAUGGCAAAAGUAGAGGAUAGAACCCCUUAUAUAAUUGUGGCAUUCCAAGAAUGUGAUCGAAUGAAUACUCUGACAUCUGAAUUGAAAAGGUCAUUACGUGAGCUGGAAUUGGGUCUUAAGGGAGAAUUAACUAUCACAUCCGAUAUGGAAGAGUUAGAUCAAUCUUUGUUUAUGGAUCAAGUACCCGAAUCUUGGUCUGUUAAAGCGUAUCCAAGCCUAUUACCUUUAGGUCAAUGGGUGGGAGAUUUAACUCUUCGACUCAAGGAACUAGAAGGCUGGACCACUGAUUUCUCGAUGCCUGCAACCGUUUGGCUGGGAGGAUUUUUCAACCCACAAUCAUUUUUGACAGCUAUUAUGCAACAAACUGCUCGAAAGAAUGAAUGGCCUUUGGACAAGAUGUGUCUUAUGACAGAUGUAACUAAGAAACAAAAGGAUGAUUUUACUUCGGGACCUAGAGAAGGUGCUUAUGUAUGUGGGCUUUUUAUGGAAGGAGCUAGGUGGGACGUACAACUAAAUAGCAUAGCAGAUGCGAAAUUAAAGGAACUGUUUCCUGUAGUUCCAGUGAUAUUUAUCAAAGCCAUAACUCAGGAUAAGCAGGAUCUAAAAAAUAUGUACGACUGUCCAGUGUACAAAACAAGAAUGAGAGGUCCGACUUUUGUGUGGACCUUCAACUUGAAAACCAAGGAAAAAGCUCUCAAAUGGGUAUUAGCUGGAGUAGCUUUAUUGUUACAGAUUUAAAUUAUAGUUGAUGUUACUUGAUAGUUAUAUAGUUUAUAUCCAAUAAAGGAUUUUAGUUUUGUUAAUUGAA